CUCUACCAGCCACCAAAUAUAAUUUCGUCAAAAUACUUCUAUUUGUGGGCGAUCUCCAGUAUCCGAGAAAAAAUCAAUCGGGGUGUGCACAACCAACCUUCCAGCAGGUGUCAUCACGUCUCCAAACUACCCGCAGCCAUAUCCAAGAGAUUUGCAUUGGACUUUUACAAUUGGCGUUCCACAAAACUGUUCCACUCGCUUGAAUUUUCGCGAAUUUCGGGUAAGAAAAAUUCUCAAAAUGAAGUUUCCUAUGGACUAUUCCAAUUGAUAUAUGAGAAACGUCCAGUGGCAACCGACUGCCGACAUUUCAUCAUGCAGAAAUUCUCAGAAUUCAAUUGGCGUUUGAUGUGUUUCCAGCUAGGGGACGACUAUGUGAAUAUUACAAAUGACACCGGAUCGUUCGGCAGCUGGACUGGAAGUGAAAACCCCCCGCAGAUUCAAUCAUCCGCAACGCUUUUGGUUGCACUGCAGACCAGCGACGACGGGACUCUUAAUCCCGGGUACUUGGCGAACUAUUCGCAAAAAGACAGGUCAGAAAAUGAAGUGACCAGGAAUGAAUCAUUCUAUGCCUGUUGUUCAACGUUGAGUUCAGGAAAUGUAACAUCACCUGGUUACCCAAAUGCGUAUCCAAACAGGCUGCGCUAUUCAUGGAUUAUUGUGCAGCCACUAGGUUGCGUCAUUCAGCUGAACUUUUCUGACUUCUUGGGCGCCGAAUCCACCACGCAUAGAGACCUACUUUCCAACUCAACCUUCCCGCAGAUCAGCUGUAAUAAACUAAAGCAGGAACCAUACAUUCAAACAAAACUGAAUGUUACAGAUGCCUUUGUGAGGGCGCGUACGCAAGCUCUGUUAGUUUGA